UAAGGCAUGAACUAAGCCAGGUGUGUCAUCACCUGCGUCAGAGUAGUAUUCAUGUCACUCUUCCUUGUAAGAGAUGGGAUGAUAUACAUCCAAUAAUAAUGUGCUGAAAGGGAAGUUGCCAUCUGCAUGAUGAAAGAGGGUGUGAAUUUCCCUCCAUGGUAUAAAAUGGCUGACAUACGCUGCUUUAGAGCACGACUCAGAGCGCAAAGGGACUGGACACACAAACAGGCUGGAAAGAGAAAAGGUGAAGUAAUAAAAGCGUCCAAGCAGACAUGACUACAUCCAACGGGCAGCUCCAGGAAACCUACAAGCAGCAGGGCUUCCUCUCAGGCUUACCUGUGCUGACUGAGACCGAGCUGAGGGAGGCCACGCUCGCAUUUUCCCAACUGGAGAAAGAAUUUGGUGAGAACUACACCGCGUACAGCCUCCAUAAUAUUCACCGUCAGUAUCCUUGGGUAAUGGACCUGACCAAACACCCCCGGAUCUUGCAAGUGGUGCAAGCCAUUGUAGGCCCUGAUGUCAUCCUGCUGGAUUCCCGCUUUAUUUGCAAAUAUCCAACACCUGAACGCAGCAGCACUCACGGCCAUGAGGAUGAGGAGCUGCCAUAUGUGGCCUGGCAUCAAGAUAUGAGGUAUUGGGGUAUCGCUGGUGGGCCCGUUCUGUCUGUGUGGCUCGCUUUUGAUGACUCGGUGAAAGAGAAUGGAGCACUUCGGGUUAUACCAGGAAGCCACUGUUCUGGCUUGUUGCCCCAUCACCAAGCCAUACGGCCUGGAAACAUGCUGACAGUCAACCAGGAGAUCCCAGAGGAGCUGCUUCAAACUGAGGAGGCUGUGCUCUGCCCUCUCUUGGCUGGACAGAUGUCUAUCCACGACGGGCUGCUGGUGCACGCCAGUGAUGCCAACACAUCCCAGAAGAGGCGUUGCGGCUUUGUGAUUCGUUACGUUCCCACCUAUGCUUACCCCACCGAGGAUCCUGACCGUCCCAGGAAAUUCCAUGCGACACAGUUGGUUAGCGGGACAGACCAAUUCAAGCACUUCUCAAACCAAACACAAUAAAAGUGUUGUUUUCAAGAGUACAAUGUAGCUACUGAGUUCUGAAAUAAAUAAAAUUAAAAUCA